CCACAACCCUUGCUUGCACGCUGCCUCAGACCUGUUCAUUACUUUUGCCAGUUAAGAGCAGCUUUGGUCACUGGGUCAUAUCCUAAGGAAUGACCAACACAGUGGAGGGAGACUGGGACAGUGCUAUCUUAUCAGCUUUAAGAGUUCACCUCCAGACCCAUCAGCUCCGCCAGAAGAAGCUGCUCUCUAACCAAGCUUCCGGAGCCAAGCAAGUCAGAUCUGCCAGUGAACCUCCGGCCUUGAAAGUUGACUAGAGUGUCUGAUAACCCUAUCCAGCUCCUCGAUGGCCAGUAACAACACCGCUAGCAUAGCACAAGCCAGGAAACUGGUGGAGCAGCUGAAGAUGGAAGCCAACAUCGACAGGAUAAAGGUGUCCAAGGCGGCUGCAGACUUGAUGGCCUACUGUGAGGCACACGCCAAGGAAGACCCACUGCUGACCCCAGUCCUGGCCUCAGAAAACCCCUUUCGGGAGAAGAAGUUCUUCUGCGCUAUCCUUUAAGUCUCUGAGAGGAAGAUGAAGACCGCCGGGCUCCAGGGACAUUGAUGUAGAGUUUCUAGCAAAGUGGGCGCCUUUCUGGUCUGCAGCAUUUAAAGAGAGGAAGGAGAACCAUCCUGGACACUCCAGGCUGUGCAUGUCUAAAGAAUUGUCCCCUUGUGAGAAUGGAAGCCAAUUCCACACCCAGCUUUAGAGAUCUGACCCUGCAGACCUGUCUGGAGGAGGGCAAUGUAUAAAAAACAAAAUCGGUGUCACUUCUUUCCUGCUAUCCCUUUAAGAUCUUACAUUUCUGCUUCAUAUUUAAAAAAAAAAUUAAAGCCAGUGUCUUGAGCUGAGAUAUGACUGACCUUCUGGGAAUGAGAAUUGUCUUUAGAUGCCCUCUGAUAAACUGCUGUCUCAUGUAGCCACAGUUCUACUUAAUGGCAUCCAUGUUUAGUCCUUCGUGCCUUGUUCUUUUCCUUCCCUUUCUCUUUCUCUACCCCUCCCGAUUGGAAUAUUGUGGAGAUAAGUCUAGGUUUAUGUGUUAAAGUGAACUCUAAGGAUAAGUGAAUAGCUGUGAUGUUUAGAAAGAUGUUCCCCAUAGUCUGUCUCCACGAGAAUAAUAAUAAUAAAAAGAAUGCACACACACACACACACACACAAUGCCGGCUGUCUGUGUUCUCUUACCACUGUUCCUAAUAUUUGUAUAUAAUAGUUUUGAUUCUGCAAGUAAAUGUAAAUCAUGUGUUGUGAAAAAAAAAAAAGAGUUCACCUCCAUCUCACUGGAGCUGCUACGUCCUAAAUGUCUUUUUGCUACAAUGCCAACUUGCUAGUCCUUAACAAAAGCAAAGCUCGCUAGUGAGAUUCCUCAGGUGUGGAGGGGCUAGUGUACCCGGGAUCACCUACUUCCCCACUCCUUGCCACACAUAUGGCAUGAGGGGUGACAGCAUACACUGCAUUGGGAACUACAAGACAGGAGACACACAGUGAAGCUGGCAACCACUGUGUCCCUGUUGAUGAAGCCCUGGCCCCAUCUGCUAGUCUUCCUGAGCCAG